AUGCCCCACUCUGGGACUUGUCUUGAUACUGCUGAAUCUGCUUGCAAGAUCAAUGCAAACCCCUCCCUCAAGUCCUCUGGCAUCCAAACCUGUUGCCAAAACCCCAACAAGCCCAAGCUCACAUUGGACACCAACUAUGGAGGUGUCAAGAUCACCGUCAAAGACACUGCUGCCGCUCCCACCAGUUUGUCUAGCCCAAACAUCCCUGGUGCAUUCACUAACUAUGUUACAGAACUUGACAAAUACUGCAAUGACUCAGGAAGCAAUUACUCCAAUGCAUACAUCCUUGGAACAAGCGCAAAUCAACACAAUUCAGUCACCAAUAUCACCUCAUUUUGUUCCCACAUCCCCUUGCUUGUCUCCAACACCUUGUCUAUUAUAUCUGCCCCAACUAUCCCAACCAAACUUGCCUCUGAACUGGCCGCACAGGAGGAACCACAGAUCCUGGCCUUCACCCCAACCAGUGAGUUGGCUGGACAAUUUGGUGAACUCAAACUUACCUCAGAACACUUCCCACUGCCAACAGAAUUGAUCCUGGAGACCUUCACAAACAACAACCCGCACUGGGUUUUUGCCGCCAACCUUCCAGUGACCAGCAAUAACCCAACCACUGAGGAGGCAUUAUUGGGACCAGACGCAGACAAAUGGAAGGCAGCAAUGGAACAGGAGAUUGCAACCUUGGAGAAACAGGGAACGUACAACACCUCAACGCUCCCACCAGGCAGGAAGGCAAUGGGAUGCCAAUGGGUACUCACAAUCAAACAAAACAAGGAGGGCCAACCCAUCCAAUACAAGGCGCAACUAGUUGUGCAAGGUUACAGCCAACAGCCAGGUAUUGACUAUGGCCAAAUGUUUGCUCCAGUGGUAUGUUUAGAUUCUAUCCGUACACUCACAUCACUUGCCAAUCAAAAUGAUUGGGACAUCCAACAGCUUGACGUUACAUUGGCGUACUUACAUGCCAACGUCAAAGAAGAGCUUUACAUGCAUCAAAUACCAUACUUUGAUGACAGAUCCAGCAACAUUCUGCGCCUACGCCAAUCACUAUACAGCCUUAAACAAGCCGGACGCAUGUGGAAUUCAAUCAAACAAGUUAUACAUUACCUUAAAGGAACAUCAUUCCUUGGGCUAUUGUAUAAGCAAUUGGAGACUGAAGUUGGAUUUGGAGAAGUUGGCUACUCUGAUGCCAAUUGGGGAAGUAACUUACUUGACCGUAAGUCUAUUUCCGGCAAUGUAUACUUAUUGGGCGGAGCCGCCAUUUCUUGGUCCGCUAAGAAGCAACCAAUGGUUGCAUUAUUGACCAUGGAAGCAGAGUACAUGGCAUUAUCACAUGCAUGUACUCAGGCAAUUUGGUUCCGUCAAUUUUUCCAGGAACUAUAUUACCCAGCUGACGCUCCCACACUCAUACUUUCAGACAACCUUGCCGCCCUAACGUUAUCCGUUGAGUUGCAGUUCCACGGUUGUUCAAAGCACAUCGACAUUUGCCAUCACUUCAUGCGCAAUACUAUCGAGAAGCGUAUGAUCUCUAUGCUGUAUGUGCCAUUGAACGAGAACCUAGCUGAUGCGCUUACUAAAGCCCUACCAGCACCGCAAUUUAAUUACCUGACAAACGCGAUUAUGGGCAAACAGGUAUUUGAAGGACCCAAAGAGGAAGAAGCGGAUUAG